AGAUUUUUCUAAAGAAUUUUUCCUAAUUUAAUUAUGUAUGAGGAAAUCCGCUAUGAUUUUAUAUUGUUUGAGAACUAAGAUCGAAUCGAGGUCCUGCGUCCAGCUCUAACCACCGUCGUCUCACAAUAAUAACUUGCUAAAAAAUAAAAUUUAAGCCUCCUAGUUUCUUUACCUAAUGCACUCCCAGUCGGCGGUCUUUCCAUUCUGCGAAUAUCCGUUGAAAUGUAAAAUGCAAGUCAGCGUACUUUUGUAAUCGACGCUACAACCACUAAGUGCUCCAUAUUAGCAAUAGGCCGCUCUGGAGAGACUAAUAGGCUGAUAAGAUUGAUAGAAAACGAAAGUGGGCGCUAUAAAUGAUUGCGAUAAGCUUGCGAAGUAAAACAAAAAUCAACGCUUUUGUAGAAAGUGCAGAUUAGCGAGUGCCAGAGUGCAAUAGAACGCAUUUUUUGCCAGUGCUUCGACAACAUUUCGCCAGUGUGGCUGUGACUGGAAUUAUUUAGGCAGCGACCAAAGUGCAUUCUAAAUUCAAUUUCAAUAAACAUUGCGCAAAAGUGCCACAAACUCUUUAAUAAAAUAGCAGAAAACGAGUUUUUCAUUUUGUGAAAGUGAAUUUUUGUUGAAAUUGCAUUUGCGUCGCCAAAACAAUGGCGAUCAAUAUUGAUCUACAACGCGAACGUCAGUGCGCAACCAUCUCGAGCGAAGACUUUGCGGAAUGGUGGGCUGGCGGACGCGCUGCACUGCAAGAACGUCGAGCUUUGGAUAAGCUUUUCGAAGAAGAUGCCGCUUUGACAGACCCCCAGCACACGUCGCUGAUGUCGCACAAAGAGCUUUAUGAGUACACUCUGGCGAAAGCUUGCAAAUUUCUGAGCAAACUGCGCGACUGGCAUGCAGCCAACGCACACACAAAAAGCGGCGGCGACUCACAGCAGAGCGCAAUUGCAACGCUCUACGAUUUUCGAAUGUUGCUCGCCGGUCCGUUGGGCACUGCGCUGUUUCAGCAAAACUUUCCGCUGCGCUUGCACUUUUCGAUGUUCUUACCGGCUUUGUUGGGUCAGUGUACGGAGGAGCAGCAACGCGAAUGGUUCGAUCGCGCUUGGCGCAUGGAUGGCAUUAUCGGCACUUAUGCGCAAACGGAGCUGGGGCAUGGCACCUUCAUACGUGGUCUGGAGACACGCGCCGAUUACGAUGCGCAAAGUGAAGAGUUCAUACUGAAUACACCCACUUUGAGCGCCUACAAAUGGUGGCCCGGUAGUUUGGGGCAAACCGCCAAUAUGGUCAUUGUCAUGGCACAAUUGUAUAUUAAAGGGAAACACCAUGGUUUGCAUCCAUUUUUGGUGCGCAUACGCAAUGCGGAAACACAUCUGCCGGAACCGGGUGUGGAUGUGGGUGAGAUAGGUCCAAAGUUGGGUGUGCAUGGUGUGAAUAAUGGUUUCCUGGGUUUGAAGGACGUGCGUAUACCGCGCACGCAAAUGUUAAUGAAAAAUGCGCAGGUGCGUCCUAAUGGACGCUUCGUGAAGGGGCCGGAGCCAUUGCUUACCUAUGGCACUAUGGUAUUUGUGCGUGUCAUGAUCGUGCGCGAUGUUUCUUUCGGUUUGCAACAAGCGGCCACCAUAGCAACCAGGUAUUCAGCGGUGCGUCGCCAGAGCCCGAUCGCACCCGAUCAGCCUGAGCCACAAAUAUUGGAUCACACCACUCAACAGGCGAAGUUGUUUCCACAAAUCGCAAAGGGUAUAUUCUUUCGGAUUGCGGCCGACGUGGUGUGGGUUAUGUAUCAAAAUGUUGUGAAGGAAUUGGAUGCUGGACAGCGACGUAAUCUACCCGAACUGCACGCGUUGUCCUGCUGCCUCAAAGCAUACUGUUCGGCGGAGGCCGAAGAAGGUGUUGAGAUACUACGUAAAUCCUGUGGUGGACACGGUUACUUAAGCUCUUCAAACUUCGCACAAAUAUAUGGCGCCGUCACAGCCGCUUGCACUUACGAAGGUGAAAACACCGUUCUUUUGCUGCAAACUGCGCGCUUCCUCGUUAAACAAUAUGUGGAGGGUCUGAAACGGAGAGUGUUGCCACACAGCGUUAGAUAUCUGCGGAAUGCAACGCGUCCCAAAUGUGGUAAGAAUAUUGAGUUGAGGACUUUGGUGCGUCUCUUGGAGUUUGCGGCCACAGAAAGCAUACGUACGCUUUACGAGCACCAACGACAGCAGCGUAAACUUUUAAAAUCCGAACAGUUGGUGGCCAGUAAAACUGGCAUACGCCUGACACAGGUGGCAACUCUGCAUGCACGCGCAUUCUUGGCACGCACCGCUUUAGAAGAGACCGAAAAGUUUUGUAAACACUUGAAACCCGUUUUGGCAGACGUUCUAACGCAGUUGGCUGAGCUGUUCGUUCUCGAAAUGUGUUUGAAUAGUUUGGCUGCAAUUUUAAUAUCACAUCCGUUAAACGCACGUCAAGUGGACCAGCUGCAGUCGCGCUACGAACAUUUGUUGGCGACCAUUCGUGUCAAUGCUGUCGCUGUGGUUGAUGGUUUCGACUUCAACGAUCGCGUGUUGGGCUCGACUUUGGGUUGCUAUGAUGGACGCGUCUACGAGCGGCUGAUGGCGGAGGCGUGCAAGAGUCCCUUGAAUCAAGAGCCGGUUAAUAGCACAUUUUAUACACACCUAAAACCGUUGAUGCAGGGGAAAUUAUAAUUUGUUUAUGGUUUGAAGACUUCUUCCCAGCUGGCGAAGCAAAUUGUC